AUGUUGGCUUGGCAAUCUAGAAACUCAUCAAUUAAGUUCCCACUCCUUUACUGCUGCCUCGAGCAGCAGCAUUCAUUGCUUGUUGCGGCAAACGCCAGUUUAGCUUUCAAUUUAGCCAUUUAUCUUCGUACGACGGGAUUUGCUUAUGGCUGCCUGCUAUUUGCUAGAGCUAAUACUAAUGAGGCUAAACACAUAGCAAAUAUCAUUGGUCAAUUCAGCAAAUUCUCAGGUCAGUUUGUUAACUUUGAUAAGUCUGGUCUUGCUUUUAGCCCUAAAGUUCCUAAUCCUAUAAAAAGUAUUAUCUCUAAUAUUUUUCAGAUUAAAAGAAUGUCCUUGCAGGAUAAAUACCUAGGAGUCCCUCUUCUUUUACAGAAGAAUAAGGCUGAGUCUUUCGCUCCUCUUAUGAAUAGGUUUAGUGACAGGCUUGCCCCCUGGCAAUCUAAAUUCAUAGCUCAACCAGGUAAGACAACUUUAACUCAGCCUGUUUUAGGUACUAUUGCUAGCCACCAUAUGGUUGUAUUCCCCGUGCCUAAUAAAAUGGAUGCAAUCCAGAGAAAUUUCUGGUGGAAUAAAAAGAAUGGUGAAAAAGCUAAACUUGCUUGGAGGAUGUUAGAAGAUCCAGAUGCUCCUUGGGCUGUUCUCCUAAGACAUAAAUAUUUCAAUGGUUUAAAUCCUAUUAACUGUGCUUUGUCUAGACAGGGAUCUUGGUUGCUGCAAGGUAAAGAUCUCCACUCGUGGAUUAAACUCUGGUUUGAUAAAGACUUCAAUAACAUGCCAACUAUUGUAACUCAGUUUAAUACAAUAUUUACAAUGUGGCAAAUAUGGAAAACUAGGAGCAGUGUUGUGUUUGAUAAUUUGCAGGUUAAAGCUGAUGAGAUUAUUAUGAACAUAAAACACCAUAUGUCUGAUUGGUUAAGAAUUCAGGGUGCCUCUCCUUCAAGCAGAAGAGAAAACACAGUUGCAUCAGUUUCGAAAAUCUGGAAAAGACCAGAUCAAGAUGAUACUAAAGUUAACUUUGAUGCAGCAUUUUGCAAAUACACUCACCUUGCAGGCAUAGGACUAAUCUCUCGUAAUUUUGUAGGUGGAAGCAACGGAGCUAGGGGACAUUGCACAAGAGCUUUAGACCAAGAGCAGGCAGAAGCAUUGGCGGCAUUUGAGGCUAUCAAAUGGGCUAAGGACAAGGGAAUAACAAGGUUGCAUCUGGAAGGAGAUAGUCAAAGGGUGAUAAAUGCAUUGAAUGGAAAUCUGGGAGCAGUCAAAUGGACAAAUGCAGAGAUAGUUUUAGAUUUAAUCUAUCUUCUAAAUAAAUUCAGCAAUUGGAAAUGUUCUUUUACUCAUCGUGAGGGCAGCAAUGUUGCAGACACUAUAGCUAAGAAGUCCUUACCCUUUCCUAAAGCUCAAGAAUGGAAGUCUGAAAUGCCCUCCUGGUUAAGCUCAGUUAUACUUGAGGAUGAAAACCAUUUGGCUAUUAAUGCCUAA